AUGUCUGAGAACCCUUGGUAUGAUUACGUUGUUCAACGUCCACUCGUCACACCAACUGUGCAAUACAUCAAAACUGGAAGUGAUGUAUUGAAAGUCAUUUCUAAGUUUAUCAAUAACACUCAAGUUCCAAUUUGUGGUUCUCGAAUAUUUAUAUUACUGAAACGUUCUCCAAACGAACAGGAUAUCACAGAGUUGGUAGCUCAAAUGAGAAAAUACCGUGUUUAUGUUUAUAUCGCUGCUUCUUCAUCUUCAUCUGGAGGUUCUCAUCCGGAAACGAUCAGACGUCUGACCACUCAAACAAACGGAUGGGAUUUCUACUGUGAAGAUAGCUCAUUUGAUCCAUGGUUAUUCAUAUACUCACCGUUUUUAUACAACGUCAACUUGAUUUACGCUGCAAACGUGAACUUAUCAUUAAACGGAGCAAUCUCCUUACCAGAAAUGACAGUACCUCGUCAUGAAAAAAUCUUUUACGUAAAAAACGAAAACGUGAACCAAGGAGUUAUACUUUUGAAUGCUUCAGUUUACGACAUGCAGCUUGACUAUGAAAUUAGUGAUGACAUUACCUACGCAGUUCAAAUUAGAAUUUAUGCUCUCGGAUCUGACGGCUACUGGAUUGCAUAUGAUGACUGA